CGCUCCAUUUUAUUUCGUCUCCAUCGCUGCGCGUCACACUGGCGUUUUUGAUCUCGCGAGAUUUCGAAGCUUCGAGCGCAAGAAGAGAGCAGAGGUAGAGCGAGGUUGGUUGCUGGGCUGUGGAGGCUUACUCGCAGGGAAAGCAGCCUCCGGCGUGGAGAUGGCGCCCGGGAUGGGGCGAGGAGGAGGAGGAGUGGAGGAUAGGGAGGUGGUGAACGUGGAGGAUCAAGGGGAAACGGGUCAGGAGGCGCUGCGCGCGCUGCCGAUGAUGCCCGUGAGGGUUCUGCUCGCCGAGGGCGACGACUCCACGCGCCACGUCAUCUCCGCGCUCCUCCGCAAGUGCGGCUACCACGUUGCUGCAGCUUCUGAUGGCGUCAAGGCCUGGGAAAUACUAAAGGAAAAAUCUUUCAAUAUAGACCUUGUUCUAACUGAAGUUGAACUUCCUGCGAUGUCUGGGUUCCUCCUACUCUCCACAAUAAUGGAACAUGAAGCGUGCAAAAAUAUCCCUGUCAUAAUGAUGUCUUCAAAUGAUGCAGUUAGCAUGGUUUUCAAAUGCAUGCUGAAGGGCGCAGCAGAUUUCCUUGUUAAGCCGAUACGAAAAAAUGAGUUACGGAACUUGUGGCAGCACGUUUGGAGAAAACAGCUAUCAAACGGUGGGCUUGUGCAACAUACACAACAAGAAGAUAAACUUACAGAAUGGCAAGGACAGAAGACUGGAGUGACAAAAGCUGAACAUUUGAUUGAAAAUGUAGCCCACAAAAGAAAGGAAUGCAGUGAACAAGAAAGUGAUGCUCAAAGUUCUUGCACAAGGUCAGAAGUCGAGGCUGAGAGUAAGCACACGAACAAUUUCUUGGAGUUUAAGCAGAUAACAGGAAAAUAUUUAUCUAGUGACCUCAAAAGCACUGAGGACAAUGGACAGACCAAAACUCAAACAAUUAGAGAUGAUAACCUGAUUCCAAGGAGAGAAAGGGAUUUAUCACCGAGGAAACAGCCAUGUUUGAAAGAUAAUGACUGUCAAAAAGCUACCAGAGAGAUUGAGGUAGUCCAUAUUAUUGAUGAUGAACAGAAAUCUAAUGCACAGACAGAUGUGGAUGUUAUGAGAACAACUUUUCAUGGAAACUGUGAUAAGGGGUUCUCCAUCCCAGCACAUCAGUUAGAGCUUUCUCUCAGAAGAUCUGACUACAGCAAAUUAGAUGACCAGGAGAAAAAUGAUAAAAGAACUCUGAACCACUCAACUUCAUCUGCAUUUUCCUUGUACAACUGCAGGACUGCAUCCUCUUGUGGUAAUGCUGGUGAUGCUCACCUAUGUAGCACCUCAGCAACACAUGUGGAUCUGGAAAUGAAAACUGGAGAUUCAGUGGCUCCCUCUCAAGACAAGACAGACGCAAUUUGCCCUCCUAUCAGAGUUGUACCAUUUCCUGUUCCUGUUGCAGGCCUCACAUUUAACGGACAGCCAUUCUGGAGCGGUGCACCCGUCGCUCCCCUUCUCUAUCCACAGUCCGGUCCUCCCAUUUGGAACAGCAAAACAUCCACGUCGAAACAAGCGGCCGCACAAGCAAUUUUGUCACAGCAGAAGUGGCAACAGAGCAAUGCAACAGUAAUGGAUUCUGACCAGGCUGAAAUCACACAGGGACAAGAAGUUUUACCUGCACCAAAUGCAAACGAAAAACAUCUGCACGUUGAAAUUCCUUCAGACGACCCGCAGCAUGUUUCUCCCAUGACCGGUGACAGCGGAAGCAGUACUGUGCUGAACAACUCCGGGAAUGCUCCCAGUGGCAGUGGCUGCGACAGCUCUUCCAACCGGAUCGUGGCCCCUUUAGAUCCAUGCAAUUCAUUCAAUGGUGUUCCUGAAAAUCCAAGCAUGGAUGGUACACAUCACCUGAGCCAACGGGAGGUCGCGCUGAACAAGUUUCGGCUAAAGAGGAAAGAAAGGUGCUUUGAGAAGAAGGUGCGGUACCAGAGCAGAAAAUUACUUGCAGAGCAGCGGCCCCGGGUGAAGGGCCAGUUUGUUCGACAAGAACCUAGCAUACAAGGAAGCUAGGUGUCGCCGCACCUGACACGGUCGCUGUGUUUCGCCCUACUAGGAGCUGGUGUUUACAUUCUUACAUUGUUGCCCAGGUGCGGUACCAGAGCAGAAAAUUACUUGCAGAGCAGCGGCCCCGGGUGAAGGGCCAGUUUGUUCGACAAGAACCUAGCAUACAAGGAAGCUAGGUGUCGCCGCACCUGACACGGUCGCUGUGUUUCGCCUGCGGGUAUUCUGGUCAUCACUGUCAGAUAUUCUUUGAUGACUGGAGAUAAUCACACCAAGGCAACAACCUUUCUUUCGGUUGCCACUGUAUGCAGCUUAUAUCUACAUAUAUAAGCUGACUUCUAGAUUAGGCCCUGGACCUCGUACAUAGUAGAAUUUGUCAGUAGGCAUAUUAGGGAACACAUCGGCUUGUUCUGUUCUAGAUCAAGAUAAGAUAUCUGUAUCCGUAACAGGUUUGUAGCUAGCCAGCUUGGUUUGUGUUUGCCAUAGACGUACACACCGUCUAUGUGGAUGUCCAAAGACAUGUUUCUGUUGGCACUCUGACAAUGGACAUCCCUUGUCGUUGUAGGUUGUGUUGAACGUCUCAGUAUAGAGGCGUCCUGUAUUCCUGUUCAAUUUGACUGAAAUUCAAAUUCUUGCAUCAUUUCUUC